UGGAACGCUACGCUCCUCGUCUUCAAGCCGAGGCAUAAGCGUUGUGUUGCCAGGCACGUGGUUGAAGGUCCAGUUCCAAGCAUGACGGAGAGAAGAAGUUAAGAGAGCUGAUCAGCGGGACAUGAACGGUCAUGGUGAAGUUUGUCAGACCCACCAUCAAGCGUCGCUACGUCUUUGCCGCGCUCUUCGUCUAUGGCGUGGUCUAUAUGCUGGCCCAGCUGCUAUCACCUCGCGAAGUUGACGGCGACGCCAGGCGCAAGACCCAUGUUUCCUCCGCUGCCCCGAACGUCACUUCCAGAACGUCAAGGCCUGCGGUGCCUGCGCCAGCGCGGGUGCACUUACCUGAACAACGAGUUCGCGGGGUGUCGCCUGAUGAAGUCAAGCACUACGCACCGGGAAAGACCUUCAAGUGCCUACACAGUUCGGGUGUAAUUAGUUAUGACCAAGUCAACGAUGAUUACUGUGACUGCAAGGAUGGCUCGGACGAACCGGGCACGAGUGCUUGCCUUAACGGAAGGUUCUACUGUAAGCGGCACAGUGCACACAGUCCCAAGUACGUUCUCUCCAUGCGUGUCAACGACGGCAUCUGUGAUUGCUGUGACGGCAGUGACGAGUGGAAUGGUGCCAUUCUCCCGUCCAGCUUACUGCUGUCUGACGAGCAGCAAAGUCGAGCAGGAGUGUUCCAAGCACCGUGCAAGUUGCGUUGCUGAUUGUUACCGAGGCCCACUACGAAUUCCAGCCUUCCGUUGUCUUCCGACAACAUUGCCGUUUUACUACGCGGUCGUUGCACCGAGGGUCAUAUUCCACAGCCUGCAAGCUAGUCGAUAGUGUGUGUGUGUGUGUGUGUAUGUGUGUGUAUCACGUUUGAAAAGCAAGCGCAAUACUUUAUGCACAUGCAUUAAGAAAGGGACAACAUGCAUUGGUAAAGCUUCUUCCAUAAUUUCCAGGGAAAGAGAUAUUGGUCAGUUUGCCUAGCAACUGCCAGAAGCUUUCUUCUUAGGUUCUUUUGCAAGAUUGGCAGCUGAAGUACUCAGCAGGGAGCCCACAAUUCACCCAGCAGGCUUAAGUGAAGUACAGGCCAAUUCAGAGUAAUCAGUGAUGCAUUCAAAGUAAGGUGUAAAUUGACCUAAGCGGGAGUAGAGCUGUAGUCUAGCUCUUAAUCUAGUCACACGCAAUCGUUACAACCGUGUUGCAUCACCAGCCUAUACUACUGGUAAUCACAGCUAUGGCAGGUUUGAUAGAAUAAGACAACGAACAGUGAUAAGUGGCCGCUAACAGAAGAGGGGAAUUUCUCUUUAAAAAUAUUGGUUAAGCCUACCUCAUUUGCUUGGUAUGUCAUGGGGCCAAGGCAGAUGUCCCUUCCAAGCGAACUGGUCGCACCCAGGAGAGCGUGUCUAUCCUGGGGCCACUCUCCUAUGCUUUUUACUUUUGCCAGGGGUUGUCCUUCCUCGCAGAGACACGAAUGCCUUUUGUCUCCCCUGAAAUUUGAAUGGAGGAGUGCGAGUUUUGCUGCGUGACGAGAGCACCAGUCCAGACUAGGAAAAUGGUGAAAGUGCUUCUUUUCUUAUACCAGCAACAGAAUAAAGCCACAGUACAUAGUAUACAUACGAACGUGUUAAUGUGAAGGGAAGGAAAUGGUCGUGCAUACCUCCCCCACCCAUCCAGAGCAGUUGAUGUCUAUAGACACAUGCCAGGUGCUUAGAAAUUUACGCAUCCGUACGGCCCCUCAGUUUCAUUAUCGCAUUUUUUUUGCCUGCUAGUAAGAUGUUUUGCUUGCAUAUUGCAGUCUUGUUGGUCUAGUGUAAGUAUCUUGAGUACUUAAGCUUCAUUCUCAUGCUUUGCUGGCACUUGGCAUUGAUUCAGUGCUUAGUCCUCGCUAGUGCAUCGUGUCACCUUGUUUUUGCAUGUGCUGAAUCACUCAGAAGUGAAUGCAAAUUGUUUGUUUGCUAAACCUUUAUAUAUGUUUGAAUGAAAAAGCAGUGCGAAGUUUACCCUGCGUAACGAUGGCUUCACUUUCUGCUUUAUUUUUUUUUUCUAAGUGGCCACAUGCUUCCUGAACAGUUUAAUUUGAAACAACGCUUCCAUCGGCUCAUUAUAGUCCAGCAAAGAGACUUCAUUCAGGAGCAGAUGGUGGCGCACUUCAGGAGUUUGUCACUGCCGACAGGUUACUGACCUUGUCGUCAAGUGCCUUUCUGAAAUCAAUUAGCGAAGAGAUGGCAAAAACGUCUCAGGUUCAGCUUAUUGUCGGCAAAUGUAAGGAUCUUACCGGAAUUUUAAUCUGUCUAUCUUGUUCUUUUGAUAUUGCUGAUCGAAUAUCUACUUUGGUUUCAUGGACAGUGUUCAUUUUAUGUAAGGGCCACCUACAGGACAGCCAGCCGACAGACAAAAAAAGCGCGCCCGCUUUUGGCAGCAUCCCUCUUUUAGAGACUUGAGUGGAAGCACAAUCAAGCAGGGCUUCUUCAAAGGCCAUGACUCUUUGUUUUGUUUGCCAACUGAUGACACGAAAAGUGCACCCGCUUUCUUUAUCUGUCGGCAUAUCUGUCGAUAGUGCUGUAGGCAGCCAUGACAGAACGCAAGCCAUGCGCUCGCGUGUUCUUUUUUUAUAAAAAAAUGACAGUGUACAUUGGAUGAUGAUUCCUGAAGUGGGCUUUCCUGAAAGUGAGGCCAGAGUUGAUAGGGGCACUCAGAAACACAAAUAGAUUCAUGUGCGAUAGAUAGCUCAAUUAGAUAGAGAGGAAAAAGCAGCUAUCUUGCAAGAAAGAAGAAAUAUAACCCUUUCUUCUUGUGUGUAACCCACAAGCUCAUGUAAUCACUGCUUUCAUGUGCUGUUGAUUGUUCUGUACACUUGACGGACAGAAAAGAAUGUUCACAAAAUCUGACCCUUGUCACUUCUGACAGCACUCAUUCCUAAAUUCUCAAUUUAGCUGACAUUCUUCGCAUCAUGUGUGUUUUGCGCGGGUGGCAUAAUAUACCUGGACAUGUACUUAGUAGACCUCUGUUUUACGACAAAGGGAAGCCCAUGCAUGAAUGCAUGAGAAGCUGCAAACGCAACUGAAGAGGUUUUUGCUCCUAGUGUGGUGAAUGCUGCCGUGCUUGACAAUGAAAGUGGUGAAACUGUGCACUUAACGUGUUAGUAAUAGUUACACUAGUUACACAGUAUGUCCUCUUCUUGCUCAAAGAGAGAUAUGCUCAUAAAAUAUAGAAAAUAUUUGUCUGUCUGUGUAUAUAGAUCACCACAUUCUCUUUAAAUGAUGGCCAUAUCCAGUGUUUCAGAGUAAAAGGUUCCUGAAACGUCACUAGAACUGUAGCAAUGAAAUAAAAUUAAAAUAGUGAGGCAGUCUAUCGGGCAUCAGACUGUUGGAAAGCACCACCAAACUCAUGAUUUAGCAUUUGUAUCUUGAAGCUUGCUCUACUUGUACGGACUGUUGUGAGUUGGGCUUGUAACUCUGUCUUUGGUGUCUCAGCAAUGCAUUCCAGGCAGCAUUUUCAGGCAGCAUUUUCUACAAUGUCUAAGAGUGGCUGGGAUUUUGGCUGUCAUGACUACUUUUCUCGUGUGGUUACAGUUUUCGUGGAUGCAGUUGCUGUGGCUGCUGCUGUCAUAGCUACUUGCUUUCAUGGUCUAAUGCUGUGCUUUUGUAUGUCUUGCCUAUUACUCUAUCACGGAAAAUGCAGCGUGGUACUAUUGAAAAAUUAUACUUCUUGCCUUGUAAUAGCACUGCAUGAAAAAUGCACAAUGUGGACCAAAUAGAUGGUGCAUCAAAUAGACAAGGUAUUAUAUGCCUGUGGGGCAGUCGAGCUUUAAGACUUCAAACUUGUAUGAUUCGUACAUGAGCAGCCACACGUUUAAACACGCAUUGUUCAACGAGACAAGCGUAUUGCAAUGACGACGUGCUUCCUUUUGUAUGGAUUUUGUCUGUGUGUGGUCAUGUCUCUCAACGGCCAGUUUUGCUAAUUGUUACAUUGUCCUAGCUACAUGACUCUGGGCACGUUACUCAUUUUGGGAUUUUGUCAUUAUCUUUUCAUUAUUUGGGGUCUGACAAGCUCCAUAGCUAAAGGUACGGGUCUCGAUUUGUAUGCUAUAGACAUCAAAAUGCUGUUUUACUUUGUUUGCUCGUAGAGCUCAGUAUUAUUAUCGGUUGCACAUUUUGGCUCUUUUUAAAUGUCUGCAUUUCAUACUUACUGGUUCGGUGAAAAGAUUUCAGUACCUGUGAUUCUACAUAAUGACGCCAGUUCCGCAAGCAGCGUGUGGAUCACUUCCGAUAGCAUCACUAAAUCUUGUGUUGGUAUUGAUUGAAUUUGUUUGCACGGUGAAUGCCUGAAAAUAGACACCUUUCUGUCUUGGAGAGCGACUUGUGCUUUUUUUUCCUACACACUAAUCUUAGAGACAGAUGAAGUCCCUAAGGUAUUGCCAUUGACAGGAUAUUGCUAGCUGAAAAAAAUUCAGUCUAAGUUUUUUGUUACAUAUAGUUAUUUCCUUUUACUGAUUAGCUACUCUGUCACUAGAAUCAGUUGUGAGAAACUUGCCCUUGCAAUAAAUACCCAGUGUAUCAUUA